AUGAGGAAUUUGAUCAGACUUAAUUUUUCCUCUGCAAAAAUAUGCCUUGCUAACUGGACUGGACCAGUACAGGAUGCUACAGUAACACAAUUGGAUUCUUCUGUUAACCAAGAGGUCACCGGUCAAGAACAUCAUCAUCACUUAGAUGAGCCAGUAGGUGUUCUUGCUGCAUAUCAGGCGGAAGGGCGGCACCAUCAGCCUGAUUGUCCGUCUUUCUCGUGCGGUCUUCUUGGAAACAUAUCGUCUCCGUUUCGUCGGGCAAGUGAUCCACCUGGCUGCGGCUAUCAAUCUUAUGAGCUGGUUUGCAGUGAUACCAAGGCUAUGAUUCACAUCGGCGAUGCGACAUACUAUGUGUCUGACAUCAACUACAGUGGUUCUUCCUUCUGGGUCAUCGAUGCCAACAUGGAUUUAUACAACAGCUGCCCUCUACCUCGGUGGAAUCGGCCUCCCUCUAAAUACCAUGACGGCAUGGAAGUCGAAUUGGAACCCCGUUCAAGUAGUCAGGCUUGCUUUCUUAAAUGCUCUCGGGAAGUAAAGGACAAUUCUAUGUACAUGCCUGUUGCUUGCCUUAGCACCAAUGAUACUUAUGUUUAUGUGUUAACUGGUUAUCGAUCUAAUUCAAUGGAGUAUCUCGAGCCUUCUUGUGGGUACUUGUCCAUGAUUCCUCGGCCUUGGGAUAGUCUCGGGAUAGAAAAUGCAAGUUAUACAGAUGUUGUGAAAUCCAUGAGGACUGGAUUUGCCGUUAUGUUUCCUUUCAGAUAUUCUACGGUGAGCGUCAUGGAAUGCCUAGACAUGUUACGCCCCGUGUCGAGUGAGGGCAUCAAGCCACUUAUUAUAUACAGUCUUCUGGUUGAUGGGUUUUUCUGGCAUUGUGUAUUCUAUACUGCUGGAUAUCAAGGACAAGGUGUUGCCGGUUCCAUCAUAAUCGUCUUCUGGAUUGUGAAGUGGCUAGCUGUGCUAUGCAGGUUCAUAUUUGCACCACUGGCUAUGUUGAUUUUCCUAGCCUACAAGUAUUGGAAAACAAGAAUAACAAUCGAUGCGGUCGAGAAGUUCCUACGAAUGCAGCAAAUGGUCGGUCCGACGAGGUACGCCUACACCGACAUCACCGCAGUCACAAGCCAUUUCAGAGAUAAGCUGGGCCAGGGAGGCUACGGCUCUGUGUUUAAGGGUGUGCUGUUGCCAGGCAAUGUUCAUGUCGCGGUCAAGAUGCUAGACGGUAACUCCAACUGUAAUGGAGAAGAUUUUAUCAGUGAAGUUUCAACCAUUGGCAGGAUCCACCAUGUUAAUGUGGUGCGUUUACUGGGGUUUUGCCCUGAGGAAAUGAGACAAGCGCUUGUCUACGAGUACAUGCCUCGAGGUUCUCUCGACAAGUACAUCUUCUCAGCUGAGAGGAGUUUUUCUUGGGAUGAGCUCACUGAGAUUGCUUUGGGCAUUGCCAGGGGCAUCGACUACCUGCAUCAGGGCUGUGAGAUGCAGAUUCUCCACUUUGACAUCAAGCCCCACAACAUCCUUCUUGACAACAAUUUUGUCCCCAAAGUUGCUGAUUUUGGUCUCGCCAAACUUUACCCAAGGGACAACAGUUUUGUUCCAUCGAGAGCCCUACGGGGAACAAUUGGGUACAUAGCUCCUGAGAUGAUAUCUCGUAGCUUCGGCAUCGUAUCGAGCAAGUCUGAUGUUUACAGCUUUGGGAUGCUGCUGCUGGAGAUGGCUGGAGGAAGAAGGAAUGCUGAUCCAAAUGCGGCAAGCUCGAGCCAAGUGUACUACCCGUCGUGGGUUUAUGACCGGUUAACUGAACCAGAAGUGGAAGAGAUAUCUCCUGCUGCUGAGAUACAUGAGCUGGAGAGGAAGCUGUGCACUGUUGGACUAUGGUGCAUUCAGAUGAGGCCUCAAGAUCGACCCACGAUGAGCGAGGUUAUAGAGAUGUUGGAAGGCCGUGUUGAUGGCUUGCAGAUGCCUUUGAGGCCAUUCUUCUGUGAUGAAGGGCUCGUCCAUACCGAGGAUACUUACCAUUUGUCGUCCGAGCUGACUGAAAUCCCUGAGGAGGACAUGAGUGAAAAUAUUGGUGUGUGA